GGCCGGGGCCGGAGCCGGGCGAGGAGCUCCGCGGCAGCAGAGAGGAGGCAGCGCCAGGGGGGCCGCGCUCUGCUCGGGGCGGGCUCGGGCGGCCCGCGGCAUAUAAUUUCUUGUCAAUAGUCAUGCUGGAGACUAAUGGGAUUGCUCAUCCAGCUAACCAUGUCCUUAAAUUCAUCUACCCUUUUAAAUGAAGAAAACACUCAAGGAGUAAAAAGAAAUAGUGAGUGUUUGGAAAGCGUACUGCAGACUCCAUCAUCGUUUCAAGAUAAUCCACUUCAACAAUUACAGUUAGCAUCGCAGGAAGUACUGGAAAAGGCAAAAAAGAGUGGGAGAUCGAAAUGCCCCCGAUGCAAUAGUUCAAGGAUGUUUUAUUGUUAUACAUGCUUUGUUCCUGUUGAAACUGUCCCUACCAAAGAAAUUCCAACUGUGAAGUUACCUUUGAAGAUUGACAUUAUUAAACACCCAAAUGAAACAGAUGGCAAAAGCACUGCUGUGCAUGCUAAGCUCCUGGCACCUGAUGAUGUUACAAUUUAUAAAUAUCCUUGCAUUCCAGAAUAUGAAGAGAAGAGACAUGAAAUAGCACUUAUAUUUCCUGGCCCCAAUUCAGUUUCAGUAAAAGAUAUUGCUUUCCAUCUCCAAAAGUACACCAAGAAAGGUGUCUGUGCUAGUGACGAUGACUGUUCCAGAGAGCCACUUCUUAAACAAGCAAAAAUAGAACCUGAAGAAGAAAAGAAUCCAAAUGAAUGCAUCUCAAGCAGCAGGAGUGAAGGCACUAGACUGAAGAAGAUAAUAUUUAUUGACAGUACCUGGAAUCAAACUAACAAGAUAAUCACUGAUGAACGACUUCAAGGGUUACUGCAAAUUGAGUUGAAGACAAGGAAAACUUGCUUUUGGCGUCAUCAGAAGGGAAAACCAGAUACAUACCUUUCCACAAUAGAAGCAAUUUAUUAUUUCCUUGUGGACUAUCAUCAGGAGAUUUUGAAAGAGAGCUACAAAGGACAAUAUGAUAAUCUGCUCUUUUUCUUUUCAUUUAUGUACACAUUGAUUAAAGAUGCCAAGUGUUGUGUGGGAAAAGAAUAAGCUUUCUGUCUGUUGGUGCAUGACACUACUCUUUUUUUGUAACAAUAAACUGCACAAACAUAACUGGGAUUUUUUUUGAAAAUAGACUGUACUAUAAAUAAAUGUCCAGAAGUGAGCUGCAGACCUCAUCCUGCACGCUUGAGAUUGUAUAACUGCUCAGAUGAGCAGUCUGAUUAGAGAUACUUAUUUGAAAACAGUUAUAUUUUGCUAAAUAUUGCUGUACUUCAACCUACAGGCCUGAUGUGCUCACUGUGAUGAGCACAUUUCCUGAGAUGGGAGUGGAGGACUUGACCCCUCUUGCCAUAAGGAGUGAUCUCUUAACUGUAAGAAGGAAUUAGCAUGCUGGCUUUUCUUGUUACUAAUACUUACAUCAGAUGUUUUCUUUGUGGUUUACACAGCAAUACUGAUUUCACUUUCAUGGCAUCAAAGGCUUACUGAAAUGAGCAGAUGGUGUUUAGUUGCUGAGGAGAGUGGCAGCAAUACAGAAUGAAAGAGCACAUUAAUUAAAUAUGAAUUAUAUGCUUUCAGGAUUAAUUCUGGAAUAUUAUUCUAGUAAUAAAAAAGUGGUCUCUUUAAACACUGUUAUACAGCGUAUUAUUCCUGUAGUACCAUUCAUGUACUUUUAUAUUAGGAUUAUUCUCAACUUCUUGGGUAUGUUUAGACUUAUUCAAACGAACUUAAUUGUUUAUUACUGUUAUAUAAUAUCAUUAUUUGGGGGAGCACUAACCUAAC